AUGGCCGGCGUGCCCUGGGGGUCCCGCGUCGUGGCGGGCGGCGACGAGGACGGCGACAGCGACGAGGACGGCUGGGAUAUCGGCGUCGUGAGGCAUGAGCCUGAGGAGUUGGAUCAAAUGUUGCAGGCGAACAAGAAUGAAGCUUUAAAGAAGGCUGUGUUUUGUGGUGAUGUGUCAUUAAUUGAAGAACUCUUAAACUCCGGUAUAGGCGUAGAAUCUAGCUUUCAGUUUGGAUGGACUCCCCUGAUGUGUGCUGCCAGUGUGGCUGACUUUGCAGUAGUGCGUCUUCUUCUGGACAGAGGUGCUAAUGCAUCUUUUGAAAUAGAUAAGUACACGGUGCUGAUGGCAGCAUGUACUGCACAUGCUUCAGAGGAAAACAUCUUGAAGACUGUAGAACUGCUUCUAUCAAGGAAUGCUGACCCUAACCUUACUUGCAGGAAACAAAUGACUCCACUGAUGUAUGCAGCUAGAAAAGGCUAUCCUCGAGUUGUUGCUCUUCUCGCUGCUCACGGAUCACACAUAAAUGCCCAAGAUGAAAAUGGAUAUUCGGCAUUAAUAUGGGCAGCACAGCAUGGACAUAAAAGUGUAAUUUUGAAGUUGCUUCAGCUGGGAGCUGACAAAAAUCUAAAGACGAAACGUGAGGAAACAGCAGCAGAGCUAGCAAAAAUCAAUAGACAUUCAGAGAUACAUAGUUUACUCUCUUUGGCUGCAAAUCACUUUCAAGGGAGAUACCAUGAAACAAUUAAGCAAGAGGUUAUGUACAAAUUUCUGACAGCUGCCCCUGACCGCAGAGUUGGUUCCUCUUCAGCUUUUGAUGACAUGGAAGUGUUUUUACAUGGUCUUGGUCUAGAGUACAUAAUAGGAUUACUGAAGGAAAGAGAUAUAUCUUUAAGACAACUUCUGAUCAUGCAGAAAGAUGAGCUAAUACAGAUUGGCAUUACAAAUCCUGGAGAUCAACAGAAACUCCUAGAUGCUAUUAAGGAGCUACAAGUGGAACAAAUAAGUAUUGGAGACCUCCCUGAAGUGGUGAAGCUGGAACUGAGUGAAGAUGAAUUCCUCAAGUUUCUUCAGAAGUUGAAUAAGGAGUGUGCUAAGCUGAUUGUUCCUGUACAGACCAUGAAUAAUCAUUUUCUCAAAAAUUCUCACAAGGUAGUACUGCAGUGGGCACCGACUGAAUGUUUUAUUGAAGUCUGCAAAGACUUGGUUUGCAGCGCUGAAAAGCUGGGAGAAGAAGUUACCAAACUGAAGGACCUGGUGGAGAAGCAUGAACAGAGGAAUGACCCCAGCCAACUGAAACCUCCAGAAAAAGCACUCACCUUGGAAAAAAGAUUAGUAAAAAUGGGAGCGGUGACAUUGCUUGGGUUUGGGUUUUUUUUCUUUAUAACUACAUUAGUGGUAAAGAAAACCCGACUUGAAGUUUAGUGCUAUGAGUACUUUUGGAAAAAUUGGUUGCAUUAUGCUUCUGUUC